GAGCGAUAUAUCUAUGUCUCGGAUUUUGAGUCGAUACUAAGAAUGUUAAUGAGACAUGGCUGGCAAAUUUAAUCUGACUACCUUAGCUUCAGCGCAAUAUUCUGCAGGAUUUUAAUCAGUACGAUAACACUGGUGGGGGGCUAAGCUGUCUAUGCAAAUUACAUUCCAUGAUGCCAUCUGACCAGUUGCUAUGUGGCCGAUCAUCGGCGGAUAGCUAAAAUAGCCGUUUAAAAAAUUAUGUCUUAGUUCCAUACCUCUCCCAUCCUGUACGGGGUCAGUGAUUUCGUACUGCUUAAAAUCCGGCAGUAAACCGAUUAGAGUAAAUCUCAAUCAAACUUAUAUCGCUCUAAACUCUAAAAUUGAGAUUCUUGGGAAGAAAAAACACAACAGACGGAUACAUUUACAUCCCAACGAAGUUUAUUUCAUGAAUAGAGCAUGAAGAUAUAACUCAUAGAUGUUUAUUUGCGUGAAUUCGUAUGUACUUAGAAAUCCUUCACUGACGCGGGUGGGAAGCCUAUGAUAAAAUCAAUCAACUGAGAAUCGGAAAAAGACGUGUCAUGGAGUGUUCAGUCCUAUAAUUUUCUCCAUAAUAUAAUUUACCCGCAAAUAUACAAGAACAACGGUUUGAUUUUCCUUCGAUCGUCAUGUACACUAUCCUUCCCUGCUGAUAAAAACAUGUGUCGCUCUGCCAACAAACAUUUAGUAUCUGUACAUUCUCAGAAUGUUCUGCUGUAUAUAUUAGCCAUAGCCAUAUUAGCUGUAUAUAUUUAAUAUAUUAGUAUAUAUUAGGUAAGCCACGAAAGAAGAACAAACCAUGGAUUAGCGGAGAGUCUUGGAGUCUGAUAGAUGAAAGACAACAGAUGAAUGAGAAAAUAUUGAGUGCACGAUCGGAGAGAGUUAAGGGGCAGUUGAGGAAAAAGUAAGAACUCACGAGGACUCACCUUAUUGUCCAUCGUAGGGAAGAUACUUGGAAGAAUUGUUAUUGACAGGAUACGGAACGGAGUUGACAAAAAGUUGAGAAAAGAGCAGGCUGGCUAUAGAAGAGGGAGAGGAACUACGGAGCAAGUAUUUAUGCUGAGAAACAUCAUAGAGCAAGUGAAUGAGUGGCAGGCAACUUUGUAUGUUAAUUUCAUAGACUUUGAGAAAGCCUUGGAUUCAGUCCAUCGUGAGAGUUUGUGGGUAAUUAUGGAAAAGUAUGGCGUUCCAGAGAAGAUUAUACGCAUUGUGAGGCUGUUUUAUGAAGAUUUGUAGUGUGCGGUCGAAGAUCAGGGUGAAACAUGAGAAUGGUUAAACAUAAAGACGGGGGUAAAGCAAGGCUGCAAUAUGUCGGGCUUUAUGUUUCUAUUGGUCAUAGACUGGAUAUUGCGAAGGUCAGUUGGAAAAGGAGAAAAUGGAAUACGAUGGAAAUUUACAUCUAAACUGGACGAUCUAGACUUUGCGGACGACAUAGCAUUGCUUUCCUCAACAAAACACCAUAUUCAGGAGAAGACAGCAAAGCUGGACGGCGAGGCUAGGCGAGCGGGAUUGAAAAUAAACUUAGAGAAGACGAAGAUGCUAAGGAUAAAUGCCAAACAGCAUGGAAAUAUUGUGAUCAAUGGAAAAGAAAUCGAAGACGUCAGCGAGUUUACAUGCCUAGGAGCAAAAGUUUGCAGAGAGGGUGGUGGAAUGAAAGAUCUCAGAAAUAGAUUAUCAAAAGCAAGGAGUGUGUACACAAAGCUGAAACGUAUAUGGAACUCAAAGAAGAUCAUGAGACGGACAAAAAUAAAGCUUUACAAGUCGUUGGUACUUUCGGUUUUAUUGUACGGUUGCGAGACGUGGAAGAUGAACAAGAAAGAUGAUAAAUUGCUAGAUGUAUUCCAACAGAAGUGUUUGAGAAGGAUAUUGAAGAUUAGUUGGGAAGACCAUGUAACGAAUGAAGAGGUACAGAGAAGAACUGGAGUACAUCAAUUGAGCAGUGAAGUGAAGAGACGGCGAUGGAAAAUGAUCGGACACGUGUUGAGACAAGGAAGAGAAAAUGACUGCAGCAUAGCAUUAACUUGGACACCAAAAGGCAGAAGGAAACAGGGAAGACCCAAAACAACAUGGCGAAGGACUGUGGAAAGGGAGAGAGGCGAGGCGGGGUGGAGGAACUGGGACGAGGUGCGGUCAAAAGCAGCAGACAGGGAAAAGUGGAAAAGCACUGUGAAGGCCCUAUGUGCCACACGGCACGAGGAGGACAGGUAACAGGUAACACAUAUAUUAGCCCAUCCGAAAUUUGGGAAGGUGAAAUACGGCGAAUUUCGGCUAGAACAUGUUUGCCCUAAAAUCGUCGCUUGGGCAAAAAUCGCCGGAGAUCGUGAGCGUGUAAAACAAAAGAAUUUCUUCUGUGUCAAAAUUUGCCGAAUUUCGGGUGUUUUUGGAUGUGCUUGAGGUAAUUCAGCGAACUUCGGCCAGUUUCGUUUGUACUACAUUUCGUCAGUACUGUAUGCGAAAAUUACUUAGAUAGCCACUGUGAAAUGUCUAUAGCUACGAUGGGCCUAGUAACCACGCACUCCACAGGUAGCCAUCGACAUCCGUGAGCGGCUUUACGGUCAUGUCCCAAUUGAUUAAGGAGAAAAUACGGAAUUCUUUAAGGAAUGUCGAUCAACCUCUCCUUUGUUAUUGUUUACAAUUGAAAAUCCAUUGGUUAAUUUACAAGAAAACUUUAAAAUAACCACCCACGAUUAAAGUUUAAUACCUUUUCAACGAUAUUUUAUCAAAAGCUUCUCCGUUACUUGCUUAAUUUAGCCGAUGGAAAUGGAUGCUUUGUGUGACUCGGAAUUGCGCGGGAGCAUAAUAUGGCGGCGUGAUUAGCAUUCUUUCAUUCCAAGUUUUCAUGAAGUAUCUUGUCUGUAAAUCAAGUUGUGCAGUUCGUCCUUAUUGGUGCUCCGCUGCAUGCAGGGUAACUUCAGUCAGCCAAGGAUUAUCGUCAAUUUCCUCUGUAUUUGGUGAGAAGCGUGACCUCUAAAGAGGCAGGAGCCGGCCGUGUUGGUUAAAGGAAAGGUAGCUUUUCGCUGGGAAGGUUCUUCCACCAGGAGGCGCGGAUCUUUCAAACAGUUGGUCUGUAGUACACUAGCUCUUUAAAGGACCAGCAUGACUCGGGUCUUUUUCUAUACACACCUGGGCCUGCUGUAUUUGUAUUGAUCUUAUGAUUUACGUACCAAAAAAGCACAGAAAAAUAACCAUGUUGAGCACAAACGGAAAAACCGCCUUUUUAGGGGGUGUACACGGAAAUCGAGUUCAUACUCAAAAUUGAUGCUUUGAAUAAAAAAAAAGACAUUUUGCUGAUAACCGAGUUACCUGUAUCACAAUAUAAUACAAUACAAUACACUUUAUAACUUCAUUUCAUUCUGUACUUUAGAAAAUAAAGCUAAGAAAAUAAGUAUAGAUAAGUGUACAUCUGCGUUGAUGACAAUAGCUCAACAACACACUCGUUUUUCCCCUACUGAGGUAACUUAUUUAGAUCUGAGAACACUUUUUUGCCUUUCGAAACUGCUAUAACGAAGAAGACAAUAAUUAGAUAAAGGGCCCAUAAUCAUCACGAUUUAAAAUGUUUAUCUACAUUGGUACAAAUAUAAUUUGUAUUCCCUGAAAACUUAAAAGUUAAAUAUAUUCACUUCUGAUUUGCUUGGAAAUCAUAGUCAUUGUCUAAGUAAAUAGCACAAUAGCAAACAAAAAUUAUAAACAAGAAUAAUAAGAAAAAAUAUAAAAAAUAACUGAUUUCUUCUCUUUCUCAUGAAUUAUUACUGACGCGUCUCCCUGAGCGACCGGUGCCUUGAAUGUUAACCCCGUCGCAUUUGACACGAAUCACUAAGACCACCCAAUGGUUAUCAAUUAAUCACAAGGAUCGCACGUAAACGCAGAAAUAUGAGAUCAACCAAGACCUAAAUCCUCCGUCCAUGGUUGCUUUCUUUACCAAAAAAUGCGGCCAAAUUGUGUAUUAGUGGCCCUAGGAUUCCUUCUAGUUGUCUUAGUUAAGGGAAUACAAAGUGAUAGCC